AGCAAAUUUCUUAUUUAUGCCUGCCUGCUGCUUUUUUCUGUGUUGCUCUCUCUACGUCUGGAUGACAAAAUUCAAUGGAGUUACUGGGCUGUAUUCGCUCCAAUAUGGCUCUGGAAGUUAAUGGUGAUUGUUGGUGCCUCAGUGGGAACAGGAGUAUGGGCCCGAAACCCACAGUAUCGAGCAGAAGGAGAAACCUGUGUGGAGUUCAAAGCGAUGUUGAUUGCAGUAGGCAUCCACCUGCUACUGCUGAUGUUUGAAGUUCUGGUGUGUGACAGGAUCGAAAGAGGAACCCAUUUCUGGCUUCUGGUCUUCAUGCCCUUGUUCUUUGUAUCUCCAGUGUCAGUUGCAGCUUGUGUGUGGGGAUUCCGACACGACAGGUCACUGGAGCUGGAAAUCUUGUGUUCAGUCAAUAUUCUACAGUUCAUAUUUAUUGCACUCAGACUAGACGAGAUCAUCAGAUGGCCAUGGCUUGUUGUUUGUGUUCCACUCUGGAUCUUGAUGUCCUUUCUGUGCCUAGUAGUGCUCUAUUACAUUGUCUGGUCUGUUCUCUUCUUGCGCUCUAUGGAUGUGAUUGCUGAGCAGAGGAGGACGCACAUAACAAUGGCUGUCAGCUGGAUGACAAUUGUAGUUCCACUGCUCACAUUUGAGAUCUUACUAGUACACAGACUGGAUGGGCAUAAUUCUUUUUCUUUUAUACCCAUCUUUGUUCCUCUCUGGCUUUCGCUGAUAACUUUAAUGGCAACAACAUUUGGACAAAAAGGAGGAAAUCACUGGUGGUUUGGAAUUCGCAAAGACUUUUGCCAGUUCCUGCUUGAAAUUUUCCCAUUCUUACGAGAAUAUGGAAAUAUUUCUUAUGAUCUUCAUCAUGAAGAUAAUGAGGAAACAGAAGAAACGCCACUGCCCGAACCACCAAAAAUUGCACCAAUGUUUCGAAAAAAGACUGGAGUGGUCAUUACACAGAGUCCUGGAAAAUACGUGAUUCCACCUCCCAAGUUAAACAUUGAUAUGCCAGAUUAAGAUGACAGUAGCAUAUUACACUGGAACUGGGAAUCAGCA